AUGAAUCCCUCUGUUGAUCCUGAACCAUCGCCUCCAAUUAGCGACACCAUAACUACAGUGUCACCUGACCAAGAACCGACACGGGGCGGUUUUACUAAUGAACAGUUCGAAACCCUACAAUCCUUGAUUUCCUCAUCCAUUUGCAACGUCACGCUUCCACAAGUGUCCACUAUCACUGCCUUACCAGAACCAGAUCUUCCUGCAACUCCGCCUUUGUUCCCGCCUCAUCUGCCCGACAAGUCAAUUGCAUCGAUACGCAAUGGUGAGUACAUUGACUUCAAUACUUUAUUGUUUGAAAACGUCGAUGGUCACGAUGAGCAGUUGAGAAUAUCGUUCAACUCACUGGGAGGGCCUGGGGUUUCCAUUCCCGUUUCUGUGGCUCCACAAAAACAUCAACACAUUGAUUCCAUUGACCGCUGGCUCACUGCCUUCAACAUUUUUUACCAUGUCAUAGUUCAUUUCUUCCCAUAA